CUCACCUGAAAGCUUUUCUUUUUCUUCUCUUAGCUCAAAUGUCUCAGCAGAUACAGAAAACUACUGCAAGUGGCAAAGGGAUCCUGUCCAACCCCAAGCUCGAACUGGUUCAGAGGAGUUUGAACGUGGUGAUGAACCAGAACGUGACCCUCUGCUGCUGCUCUGCCUCUGGAUCUCCACCUGUCAGAUACACCUUGUUCAAACACAACCAGCAGGUAUCCUCUCUGAACAGGUCAGACUCGACCCCUGCAUUGUUUACCUUGACUAUCAGCUCUGCCAGCGACGUGGGUCCCUACAAAUGCAAAGCUGAGCACAACACCUCCAGUGAUGGAAAAUACAGCAACAGCCUCAACUUCACCCUUAUAGAGCCAAUUUCCAAACCAGUGCUGAGCUCACCCACCUCUCAAACAACGAAAGGCCAGAACGUGACCCUGUCUUGUUUCUCCGAGAAUGGAUCUCUUCCCAUCACUUACAUAUUCUUCAAGGGAAAACAAAGUAUCUCUCCCCCAGUGAUGAUGCAUGAGAGGGAAGCAGCUGUGAUUUUUCUAUUUGUCAAUUCCUCUACUGACUCUGGAACCUAUAAAUGCAAAGCUAAUAAUAGUUUUCCCAAUAGUAUGAAAUACAGCAACAGUUUCAACUUCACAUUAGCAGAAGAGAGAAGCCAUUCUCAGGCCCUGAUAAUUUCUCUUGGGCUGAUCCUGCUACUACUCAUAAUAGGAUUUGCUCUGGCAAUUCCAUUUUUCAUAAUUCCUUCAUAUAAAGCAAAAAAAUAUAAGUCUACCAGGCCCUCAACUGGCUUUACAUCAACAGUGAAUGUGGAGGAGACUGAAAAUGAUGUCAUAUAUGCAGAGAUUGAGCCUGUUAAGCCAGAAGAAGAAUACAUCAACUUUUCUGUUAUCAGAAGAGAACAUGAAAAAGCAGGGAAGAGGGAAUGUACUACAGUCUAUUCAAAGGUCCUCAUCAGAAACUGAGUACCAGGUAUGAUCUCUUUUGUGGUUAACUUAAUCACAUGU